UCUACCAGUCCGAGGAACCGCUCGGCGCCGCCAUCGCCGACGCCCUCCGCGCCGGCACCAUCCGCUCCCGCGACGAGCUCUUCAUCACCUCCAAGCUGUGGUGCAGCGACGCCCACCCUCAUCUUGUCCACUCCGCCCUCCAAAAGACUCUUCGCAACCUGCAGCUGGAGUACCUCGACCUCUACCUCGUACACUGGCCGGUAAGUACAAGGCCGGGAAAGUACGAGAUACCGCUGGCGAAAGAGGACCUCUUGCCCAUCGACAUGAGCGCAGUGUGGAGGGCCAUGGAGGAGUGCCACGCUCUCGGGCUAACCAAGUCCAUAGGCGUUAGCAACUUCUCCUCCAAGAAGCUGGAAACGCUACUCUCCAUUGCCAAGAUCCCUCCUGCUGUCAAUCAGGUGGAGGUGAACCCUCUGUGGCAACAGCAGAAGCUGAGGGAGUUUUGUGUGGCUAAGGGGAUUCAGGUGUGUGCCUACUCGCCCUUGGGGGCCAAAGAAACGUACUGGGGGCAAAACUGUGUCAUGGACUGUGGUGUCCUCAAAGACAUAGCUGCGGCCAAGGGGAAGACUCUUGCUCAGGUCUGCUUGAGGUGGGUGUACGAGCAAGGAGACUGUGUUCUGGUGAAGAGUUUCAACGAGGAGAGGAUGGUGGAAAACCUGGACAUACUGGAUUGGGAGCUGAGCGAAGAAGAGAAGCAUAAGAUUGGUCAGAUUCCACAGCGCAAAGGGUACGCUGGCUGGGAUUUCGUGUCUGAUGAUGGCCCCUACAAAUCCACGGCAGAGCUGUGGGAUGGUGAGAUAUAAAUAAGUAAUGGGCGGGGAAGACAAACCUAUCUCAUGUCGUGUUCUUUGGAUGUAAAACAAAGAUUCUCAUAUAUAUGUUAGAAUCGAGAAUCAUAAAAAAACAAAAAAAACCUGCUUCAUCGUGGUUCUGGUU